UCGACGGAACAACUCGAAAUGUGAAAGUGUUCCAGGAUGUCUCUGCACAGAUGUCCGCGGAUUUUCGAGGACUUUCCUGCAGUGUAGGGAAAAAGAGAUGAAGAGUGAAUAUCGCCAAGUAAAGGACAACAAUAACACGAGUGGUGCGGGUAGGAAACAAUGGAAGUGGUUCGACUUGUUGGACCAGAUUUACGGCCAUAGACCGGCCAACGUUGGGAGGGAGGGAGGCCUGGACUCUGCAACGGCUUUACUGGAGUCCCUGCAAGAUGAUUACAUUGGGACUAGUGAGGAAGAACAUUCCCGAACAACGGGUGAUGGCAGUGUUCCGUCCACAACAUCGUCAUCGAAUCCAGAACGGACCCCAGCUCGACCACAGACACCAGCCGAAGAACCGACACCAACUCAACCACCAACGCCGAGUGCCAUCACGACACCGCAGCGUGUGGUUCUAGGCAAGAGGAAACGAGGAGGAGAGGAUCGGGCCCAGCAGGAACGGCACCAUGAACAGCACAUGGCCCAGCAGGAACGGCACUUGGACUGGGCCAAAGCGUCUGCUGAGCGGAGAUGGGAGUUGGAUGCGGCCUUGAGAAGGGAGGAGGCCGUCUUGAGAAGGGAGGAGGCUGCUCAAGCAGAGACCUUCAACCUAGCCUUCCUGCGCACUCUUGGCGAGGUGCUAGGGGGACUGGGCAGCCGACGUGGCCCGUCUCCUCCGUGA